AUGGCAUCCUCUAUGCAGUCCACUGAUCUUCCUGUCAGGGACCUUCCCGCCGAUGUCCGCUCGGUGUCGGACGAUUCGGACAGCAGUAAUGAAGAGGGAUGGGAGGACGUUGAGCCCGAGGACGAGUCUCAGCCUGUCGUCGGUUUAUUCUCAAACGCUAUCUUCCCUGAUCUGCGAGCCAUGCUCAAAGAAUGCAAAGAAAAGAAUGGUUUCGACUUGGUCAAGAUUCAGAAAGACCUUGGCUUAGAUUUCCUCGAUACCAUCAAGCUGGUCAACUACGUUAGAUCCGAGGCCAAGGCCGGCAAUCUGUCUCCUGACGUUUCCACCAAAGAGAAGUUUGCGGAUGAUGCCUACCUGAAGCCUGUUUUGGAGGAUGACGCUGUUCUCUACAGCUUGGAUGAUAUUACCGAGGAACAAAACGAGCAAACUCUGCCGGGAACUGAGGCUGAGCGCAAGGUCCUGGAGCUGCAGGAGGAAUUGGAACGCCUACAGACUCAGUUCUCUGAAUACAGACUUGCCGUGCAAAAGUCCCUGGACGACCAAUUGAAUCAGGAGGAUCAAAAGCUGGAGCCUGGAGAGAAUUCGAAGCGCCCGGUGAAGGAUCGGCUGGAAGAUGCCGAUGCCGACUAUUUCACCUCCUACUCUUACAACACCAUUCACGAAUCCAUGCUCAAGGACGCUAUUCGUACUGAUGCUUAUCGCGACUUUGUGUACGAGAACAAGCAUCUCUUUAAGGAUAAGGUCGUCCUGGAUGUGGGAUGUGGAACAGGAAUCUUGUCCAUGUUCUGCGCCAAGGCUGGUGCCAAGAAAGUCAUCUCCGUUGACAAUUCUGAUAUCAUCGAUCGAGCUCGCGAGAUUGUGUACGACAACGGUCUCGGCGAUGUGAUCACAUGCAUUCGCGGCAAGAUUGAAGAAGUCACCCUUCCUGUCGAGCAGGUUGAUAUCAUCAUCUCUGAGUGGAUGGGAUAUGCUCUCCUCUUCGAAGCCAUGUUCGACUCUGUUAUUUAUGCUCGUGACCGGUACCUUGCCCCCGGUGGACUCAUGGUCCCAUCACACGCUACUCUCCGUGUCGCCCCCUAUGCCGAUCCGGACUUUGUUGCGUCUCACGUCUCAUUCUGGAAAAAUGUUUACGGCUUCAAGAUGGACGCCAUGAAAAUGAACAUUCAUGACGAGGCGCUUGUGCGCCAUGUUCCCACCACUUCCAUUGCUGCGGACUCGACCGUCUUCCUUUCUCUGCCAUUGCACACCAUCACUGUUGAUGAAUUGACCUUCUUGAAGGAUUUCAAGGUGACUCUCAGUGAAGACGUCGAUGCGCUUGAUGGGUGGGCCAUCUGGUUCGACAUUUUCUUCAUGCCCUCUGCUGAUUCAACCGUUCCUGAGAACGUGGUUGCCGCUGAUAUGCAGAAGAAGGGAUACGUUGCGUUCACGACUGGUCCAUUUGGAACCGAGACACAUUGGCAGCAGACAAUCUGCCUGAUUGACUACAGCAAGCAAGAACCACAACCUCUCAAGAAGGGUCAGGUGAUCACGGGUAAGAUUGGAUAUCAGAAGAAAGAACAAGGGUCCCGCCUUCUGGAUUUGAGCAUUGAAUGGCAGGCGAAUGAGACCAUCAAGGGCGUGCAGCGCUGGUCUCUUCACCAUCUUCUUGGAAAGAAAUCAUGGAAUGUCUACAAUCCGGACAACAUCGAGCGCGUCAAGCGGGAUGAGGCGCGGGCCAAGGCUAGCGAAGAAGAAGCCGAGCGACGUACGCAGGAAGUUGAUGCUGAACGACGUAUACGGAUCUUGCGUGGAGAAAGGCUGUCUCCACCACCUCCUCCUACAUCACCUUCCCAGCCUCGUCCUGGCCAGAGAUCCAAACUUGGGCCUCACGGAAGGUAUGCUGACAGCGCAGGGCAGCCUCGCAAAAGAAGAAGACUUGCAGGGGAGGACGAUACAGAUCGGGAUAUUCGACUAGCUAAAGAGCGUGCAGCUGAAGCCAGGGAUGCGGAGGAUAGGCUUGCGAUUGUUUCUCAUGGGGCUGGAACAGAUGCGGAAGCACCGUUGUUGGACAAAACUGGUCAUAUCAAUUUGUUUCCCGCGGAAACUGGGGUACAAAAGACAGAAAAGAACCCGGAGGCCGAAGCUGAGGCUGCAGACAAGAGAAAGCGCUUCGAGGACCAAUACACGAUGCGCUUUUCCAACGCGGCAGGCUUCAAAGAGCAAGUUGGUCGUCGGCCUUGGUACUCCUCUGCCAGCCAGGCCGCGGUCGCUCCAGACUCGAUAUCUGGAAAGGACGUCUGGGGAAAUGAAGACCCCAGGCGCAAAGAAAGGGAGAAAGCGCGCUUGAGUUCUAAUGACCCCUUGGCCGCAAUGAAACGGGGAGUUCGACAAUUGAGAGCAACCGAGCAGGAACGCAAAAGAUGGAGGGAAGAAAAACAGGCAGAGCUGCAAGCAUUCGACACUGAAGAACGCCGUCAAGCAAGACAUCGCCGAGACAGACUGGCCCGGUCUGAGGGGACACUGGACGGCUUCAGCCUUGAUGCGCCUGCGGAAAGAAGUUCCGCAUCGCGGGAGAAAGACAGGUCUAGAAGGCAUCAUCACGAUCGGCACCGACACAAAAGUCGAGAUAGCCUCCAUCGACGGCGACAUCAUUCAUCAGAUCGCUCACGCCAUACUGAGGGCAGUCAUAGACACCAUAAAUCCGAGAGCUCACGAGUAGUCUCCCGGGAUAAUAUAUGA